AACAUGGAAUGUAACACAAAAAGAUGGCUGCGCCCGGUAGAAAGAAGAUGAGUCGAUCCUUCGUGCAGCUUUUGUGUCAUUUUAACAGAACAGCUGUCAGCAGUGAAGGGUGUCGCCACUUUUCCAUCACUUCUGUAAGUAGGGCGACUCCUCAGCCGAAAGAUGUUACGUGGAGAGUGGGUUCUCCUUGGACUUUGAUGGCAGCGGUGUGUCUUCAGAGGCUUCCGGUCAUUUCAGCGGACUGCAACCCGUUGGAGCAGCGAUUCCAAAACCUGAUGCAGCAGGUGGAGCUGGAGAAAAGUCUGCUGUCGGACCACGAGCUGCAGCUUCUGGAGGACGCAGAGAGGAUGAGGCGUAAGCAGGCUGCUGACUACGACUCGGAUGAGGAGGGCGGCCGUGACGACCAGGAUAUCGUGUUGGCUCAGGACCUAGAAGACAACUGGGAACAGAAGUUACGGAGUUUCCAGCCAGCACCGAGGGUCAGAGCUGACGUCGAUAAGGACUUAACCUCGGUGGAGCGUUGCCUGGCCGAGCCUCUGCUACUUCUGACCAAGCAGCAGGUGGGCGACGAGAAGCUGUGGCUGCUGCCGCAGGCUCCGUGGCAGGCCGGAGAAACGCUGCGACAGACGGCUGAGAGAGCCCUCACCACCGUCACAGCAGCUGGUUUCAAGGCAACUUUCCUCAGCAACGCUCCCUGUGGUGUCUACAAGUACAAGCUGCCCAACGCCAGUCGGACCGAGAGCUCGGUGGGAACAAAAGUGUUCUUCUUCAAAGCUCUCCUGGAGGACAGAAGUCCAGCAGAAGCUCCCAGCAUGCCUUUGGUUUGGGUGAAGAGAAGUGAACUGCAGCAGUACCUGAAACCAAACUACAAGAUGAAGGUCGACCGCUUCUUCCUCAGCCUGUGACUCUGUCCACUGUAGCAGGAAGUCUGCCUCCAUGUUUUCUUCUGUUAUUACAUAUCUCGUCCCUCAAUAAAACCUGUUCCUUUCAGUA